GGGGAGCUCCGGAGCCGGUUGGCGGGCUCUCCCCGCUGUUGCCGUCCCCCCCCCGCGGCGCCGGGCCUGCCCCAUGGCGCUGCCCGAGUGGCACAUCGCCGUGAAGCUGGCGGACCAGCCGCUGGCCCCCAAGUCCAUCCUCCGCCUGCCCGAGACCGAGCUCGGCGAGUGCCCGCUGGGCGGUUGCAGCAUCUCCUGCCUCAAGCAGCUCAUCACCGGCAGGCUGCAGGAGUCCGUCCCCGACCCCGAGCUCAUCGAUCUGAUCUACUGUGGCCGUAAGCUGAGGGAUGACCAGACGCUUGAUUUUUACGGCAUCCAGUCGGGCUCCACUGUUCACGUGCUGCGCAAGUCCUGGCCCGAGCCCGAUCAGAAACCAGAGCCCGUGGAUAAGGUGGCAGCGGUUCGGGAGUUCCGGGUCCUUCACACUGCCCUGCACAGCAGCCCUGCCUACAGAGAUGCAGUCUUCAAAAUGCUGGGGAACAAGGAGUCGCUGGAUCAGAUCAUUGUGGCUACUCCUGGCCUCAGCAGCGACCCAGUUGCUUUGGGCGUGCUGCAGGACAAGGAUCUCUUCUCAGUGUUUGCAGACCCCAACAUGCUGGACACGCUAAUCCCAGCUCACCCUGCCCUGGUGAACGCCAUCGUGCUGGUGCUGCACUCGGUGGCGGGCAGCACCCCGCUCCCGGCCCCGGAGACGUCCUCCCGGGGCAUGUCCUCUGGCUCCUACCGCGACAUGCCAGGUGGCUUUCUGUUUGAAGGUCUCUCUGAUGAUGAAGAUGACUUUCACCAGAGCACAAGAUCGACGCCGUCCAGCAGCACUUCUGGUUCCCGCCCGGCUUCCCUCGGCUACUCCGGGGCUGCAGGGCCCCGGCCCAUCACCCAGAGCGAGCUGGCGACCGCGCUGGCACUGGCCAGCACCCCGGAGAGCAGCUCCCACACGCCUACCCCUGGCACCCAGGGUCACUCCUCUGGGACCUCCCCGAUGUCAUCCAGCGUCCAGUCGGGGACACCCAUCACCAACGACCUCUUCAGCCAGGCCUUGCAGCACGCCCUGCAGGCCUCGGGGCAGCCCAGCCUGCAGAGCCAGUGGCAACCCCAGCUGCAGCAGCUGCGAGACAUGGGCAUACACGAUGAUGAGCUAAGCCUCCGGGCCCUGCAGGCCACUGGAGGGGACAUCCAGGCUGCCCUGGAGCUCAUCUUUGCUGGCGGGGCUCCCUAGCUUUGGGCAGGAGAGGCUGGACUGGUGUGUGGCACCGUGACAUUCCUCGCUCUGGGACUCGGCCCCACAGCUCUGCUCCGCACCGGGGCUCGGAGCUGUCGGGGCGGCUGCUCCUGUCCUUGCAGGUGGGCUGUGCCACCCUGGCUGAGAGCACCGCGGCCAGUUCCUCCAGCUCCACUGGUAACCUCUCUCCGGUCUCCCCCUUCUCCCCGUUCUGCCCGCCAGAGAUGAGACCUCAGGGCUCUGCUCAGCACGCAGAGGCAGCUCUCGUGUGCCGGGGAGAUGC